AUGACUCAUUUCCUACGCGGCAAGCAGGCGGGCAUCCAAAAGGAUCUUUCCGAAGGCCUGUCGCCUACGCUCUUUGCCCUUGACGAGUAUAAACGAUAUGGUAUCAACUCCCGAAUCUCCGCUAUAGCCUACGAUCCCGUGCAGUCCUUGAUCGCUGUCGGCACUAGCGACACGCAGUUUGGAAGCGGCCAAAUCUAUGUCUUCGGCCAACGGCGGGUUUCCGUUGUCUUCAAUCUACCGCGCAAGGCAUCGGCCAAGCAUUUACAUCUCUGUGCUGACAAGCUUGUCAGUGUGGAUUCAAAGAACGAAUUAUCGGUGUUUUCGCUGGAAACGAAAACGUCCCUGGGCUCAUUUGCGCCUCCAAGCCAUGUGACCGCGGUAGCGACUGAUCCUAGCAUAGAAUAUGUGAUUCUGGGUCUUCAAAAUGGAGAGAUUAUUGCCUACGAUAUCGACCGGCAAGGCCUCACCCCAUUCAGAUUACCUAACUUGUGGCAUGAACGAAACCCCCGCGUGAGGAUGGCGCCUGUGGUAUCUUUAGCUUUUGCACCAAGGGAUAUCGGGAAAUUGUUGAUUGGCUACCCAGAAGGCGCUGUUACUUUUUCCAUCAAACAAAAUAUACCCCAGAACUUCUUUGAAUACGAGGUGCCUCCGGGCGCUCCCGGAGGAGACUCAGAUCCAACCCUUUCUCGUGAUGUGCGGAAACCGAAGUUAACCAAAGCCAUAUGGCAUCCCACAAAUACCUUUGUACUCACGGUACAUGAGGAUACAAGUUUGGUUUUCUGGGAUGCGAAAGAUGGUCGCAUGGUUAUGGCGCGGACCAUUGAUGAUGCCAACAUCACUCAGCCUGGAUCUCGAGCGGGAAAACCAGGGUCUGCUCCUGGGACAUUCUCCGUGAAAGACCCAAUAUUUCAAAUUGCGUGGUGCGCCAAGGGGAAUCCAGAUAAUACGGGGUUAUUGAUUGCAGGCGGUAGCCCGUCCGGCGACAGGAACAAAGGAUUAACGUUCUUGGACUUGGGCCCAACUCCAAACUAUCAAACGUCUUCAUGGCAAAUCCUCUCUUCUUACCUUGAAAAUCCCAAAGGGCGUCACACCCUGCCUACUCCACCGGGCGCAGAUGUUGCUGACUUUUGUCUGAUACCUCGCUCUUCCCCCUUCUUUGCCGGCGCCCAAGACCCAAUUGCAGUCAUUGCCUUGCUUUCCACAGGUGAGCUGGUUACUCUCAGCUUUCCUAAUGGACAUGCAAUCUCUCCGAGCAAUAUGCUUCACCUUUCACUGUCGUUUGUACACCCAUUUGUCACCAAGGCUAUCUUGACCCCAGUUAGCCGAAAUAACUGGCUUGGCUUGAAAGAGAAGCGAGCUCAGGGCCCAAAAUUCCUCCUAGGUGGGGCUGAGGGCAAGAAGCCCAUGAAACGAUUCGAAGACCGUAGUAUCGCGGUCACUGCGCAUGCAGAUGGAAUUAUACGACUAUGGGAUGCGGGACACGAUGAUGAGAUCGAAAAUGGAGAUGUUAUCCAGGUCGACCUAACCCGCGCUAUUGCACGCAACAUCAAUACCCAGGUAUCUCAACUGUCAUUUUCUGGCGCAUCCGGUGAACUAUCAGCAGGCCUUCGCAGUGGGGAAGUUGUCAUUUUCCGUUGGGGAAAAAACCAGAAUGCAGGAAGUGAGCAGGCACCAGGUGCGAAUGCGGGCCCAGGGCAAAUCACAAACAUUGGUCACCGAACCGAUCCAAAUUUGAGGGAUGGAUUGCUGCCUGUGAGUCUCUUGGAGAUGCAAAAGGGACCUGUGUCUGCUAUCAAGCAUAGUGAUGUUGGGUUUGUGUGUGCUGGCUUCGAAGAAGGUCACCUUGUAUUCAUAGAUCUUCGGGGUCCUGCAAUUAUUUACGAAGCUGAUGUCCGCGACUUUAUCAAAGCGAAUAACAAGCGCGGUAGUAUUCGCAGGAGCCGUACCGGGGACAGUGCGCCUUUAGAAUGGCCGACAAGCAUUGAAUUCGGCGUUUUGACGUUAGAUGGCGAAGAUUAUUCAAGUAUUUGCUGUUUUGUAGGGACAAAUCGGGGCAACUUUGCUACAUUCAAGAUAUUGCCAUCCAGCAAUGGUACAUAUUCGGUCGUAUUUGCUGGUUCUGUUUCUCUCGAAGAUAGGGUCAUUGGAAUCUAUCCGAUCAACGCUGAUUCUGGUGAACCCGCAUUAGCCACCCAGAGUGCUGUUGCAGGCCUUCGGCACGGGGCAAAGGUCAAUGGGGUGGUUGUGGUCGUUACUUUCUCUGACUGCAGGAUUUUCAAGCCGGCAACUAACAAAGGAGCUUCUAAAACCUGGGGUGAUUACCUUUGUGAUUCCGCAGGUUUCGUGAAGACAGAAGGUCGGGGCUAUAGCCUUGUUGGUCUAUUCGGAGAUGGGAACGCUCGCGCUUACUCUAUUCCGGCUUUGAAAGAGAUCGGAUGCACAGCUGUUGGACACAUUCUGGAUGUGCGGCGGCUUUCAGAAGCCGUUAUUACUCCUUCCGGGGACGUCAUUGGCUGGACUGGGCCAUCAGAGGUUGCCAUCAUCAACGUCUGGGGCUCUGGUACUUCUCUUCCACUUUCUGAGGAUAAGCUUUUUAAUGCAGAUGCUGUAAUUCCUACAAGGCCUACGAUAUCGAACUUCCAGUGGAUUUCCGGGACCCAAUAUGUCUCACCUGCAGACAUGGACUUACUAAUCGGUGGACCGGAUCGUCCGCCAUCUAAACGAAUGAUAGAGCAGAUGAAGCUCGAGGAACGCGAACGGCGCCAAGCAGCAAGAGAAGGGCGCAAUGUCCCACCAUCAUCUGCAGACAACAACGAAGGUUAUUGGGCUUACAUGCAGCGUCAAGUCCAAGAAAGAACCGAACGAAUAAAUAUUAUGGGUGACACCAUGGAUAGAUUAGAAGAAAGCAGUAGCAACUGGGCAGAUGAUGUCAGCAAUUUCGUUUCAACUCAGAAACGAAAGGCAGUUUUCGGUGUAUUGGGCUCGAAAUUCGGGUUGUAG